CAUGAUUCAUGAAUUUAUUAUUGAUUAUUAUUAUGAUUAACUAAACAAAUGCUCUAAAGGUCAUUAGAUGUGUUUUCGCCUCCCAGACGCUCACAGACAGCUGUUUAUCUGAACCUGGAACAUAAACCACUUCCCAACAUAAACCAGGCUGCUGGUACACAGUUUCACUCUGAUCUGGAGUCAGCUUUCUAGUCACUGCAGCUCCGACGCCUUUUACAGCGGAGUCUGAAAUCUCUGGUCUCAGACAAACUUAGGUCAGUGCGAGUACAGGCUCCAGGACGCCGCACAGCGCUUUACAGUAGGAGAGUCGCAUUAAACUGUCAGGAUACUGACAUGGGGAAUGGAAUUAACAAGGUGUUGCCUGAUCUUUAUUUGGGCAACUUUAAAGAUGCCAGAGACAGAGAGCAGCUGGCAAGAAACAACAUCACACACAUCCUGUCCAUUCAUGACACAGCGGCUCCCAUCUUACAAGAGAUGACCUAUCUCUGCAUCCCGGCCGCUGAUCUUCCCACGCAGGACCUGAAGAAGUAUUUCAAACAGAGCAUCAUGUUUAUUCAUGAGUGCAGGUUGAAAGGCGAAGGAUGUCUGGUCCACUGUCUAGCGGGUGUGUCUCGCAGCGUUACGCUGGUCGUGGCUUACAUCAUGACAGUGACGGGUCUGGGCUGGCAGGAGGCGCUGACAGCGGUCAGGGUGGCACGACCCUGCGCCACGCCCAACCCCGGCUUCCAGAAACAGCUGCAGGAGUUUCAUAGCACACAGGCGGAAGAGUUUCGGGAUUGGCUGAGAAAGGAGUAUAAAGAUUGUCCCUUUAAUGAUGAGGAACACAUCCGCAACCUGCUGGGUCGAGCCCCCAGCACUAGUGCAGGAGCUGUGGGCAAACCUCUGAGCACGUGAAGAUGGAACGGAGAACCUCGGACUAGUUCUUCUUCUUCUUCUUCUUCUUCUUCUUCUUCUUCUUCACGGCCGUCACUGUGCUGCUGAUGAUGGGAGGAGUUUUAAGACUGCGUGCUGUGUUUAAACGACUGCUUUUUUUUCCCAUUCUGAGUUCCAACUCUUCCUUAACUAAACUUAAGCCUAUUUUGUACAUAAAACGAUGAAGAUUGUUUUUACUACAAUAAAUAUAGUUCAUGUCAGUAA